AAUGGAUCUCACCAUGAUAACAAGAACAGGUAGAAAAGCAUGGACAAUAGCAUUUUGUUCCUUUGUGAUUCCAACGGUUCUUGGUCUCACAGUGAGUUACAGAUUCUUAGGAUAUUGGAACAAUUACAUUGGAGAGUUUGAAGCAAAAACUCUACCAGUUAUAGUUAUUGGACAUAGUGGUUGUUACUUUGCUGUCAUAGCUUCUUUGCUCUCUGAUCUUGAGAUUCUUAACUCGGAACUUGGACGUUUAGCACUCUCGACGGCUUUGGUUAUGGAUGCUUUCAACACAAUUGUUUCAGGAAUCGGCACAGCUGUAAUUAGCAGCCUCAAAACUGGUUCAAAUGAUGAUGAUAGUGGAAAAGGACCCAUUGCAGCUCUUUUAACCACUUUCUAUUUCAUAUGUUUUAUGGUAUUGACUCCUCUUCUGCUGCGUCCUAUAAUGAGGCGGUUUGUUAGAAACACGCCAGAAGGUAGACCAGUGAAGAAAUUAUACAAAAGUAUUGUUUUCAUUUUAGCUCUUGCAGUUGGAUUGUUUGGAACUGUGGCAAAUCAAAGUGUUUUAGCUGGAUUGUUAGUUCUUGGUCUUAUUGUACCUGAAGGUCCUCCAUUGGGAACUGAAAUGAUUAAGCAAUUAGAAUUGUUCAGUACUUGGUUCCUUUGUCCUAUUUUUGUCACAAGUUGUGCUAUGAAGGUUCAUAUUGGUAUACAUGUUGAUGGAAGGUUGCUGCUUGUGUGGUUUUUUAUUAUAGUUUCUGUUAAUUGGCUUAAAAUUCUGAUGACAAUUGGAAUUUGUUGGCAUUGUAAAAUGCCUAAGACUGAUGGUUUGUGCCUAGCUCUCAUGUUAGGUUGUAAGGGUGUUGUGGAUUUUUGCACUAAUGUGUUUCUUCAUGAUGCCUUGCUUAUGAGCAAUGAAGCACUAUCUGUUAUGACUAUAAAUGUGUUGGUGAUGGGAACCAUGGCGCAUGUCGGUGUGAAGUUCUUGUAUGAUCCUUCAAGAAAAUACGCAGGUUAUCAAAAAAGAAACAUCGAGAACAUGAAACCAAACUCAGAGCUUAAGAUAGUUUCAUGCAUCCACAAGCCAAGUCACAUAAUUCCCAUCAAGAAUGUUCUUGACAUUUGUAAUCCUACAUCAAGCAACCCAUUGGUAGUUCAUGUCUUGCACCUCAUGGAACUCGUCGGAAGAUCCUCCCCCAUUUUCAUCUCGCAUCGCCUUCAAGAGCGACUCGGUUCAGGUCGCCACACUUUCUCUGAGGAUGUCAUUGCAACCAUUGAUCUUUUUGAACAUGACAAUGUUGGUACUGUAUCAGCGAGUACCUACACAGCUAUAUCGCCCCCUCGUUUCAUGCACGACGAUAUAUGUUAUCUUGCAUUGGACAAACUUGCAUCCAUUAUCAUUCUUCCUUUUCAUAUUACAUGGUCAGAAGAUGGUUCUGUUGAAUCGACAAACGAGAAUAUAAGGUCUUUGAACACCAAAGUUAUUGAAAGAGCACCUUGUUCGGUAGCAAUUCUUGUCAAUAGGGGAUGCUCUUCUACUAUCAACUACAAUGGUAAAACAAAGCAAAUUGCCAUGAUUUUCAUAGGGGGUCCAGAUGACAGAGAAGCAUUGUGUUUCGCUAAAAGAACAAUGAAAGACGAUACUUAUCACUUGGUCGUGUAUCACUUGGUUUCAACGAUCAAGAAUGAUGACUUCACUAAUUGGGAUGUUAUGCUUGAUUGUGAGUUACUAAAGGGUGUUAAGGGCGUUUAUGGUAGUGUGGAUAAUGUGACAUAUGAAAAAGUUGGUGUUGAAAACACUUCAGAUACCACUGCGUUCAUCUCUGAUAUAGCAAAUCAACACGAUUUCAUUAUAGUUGGGAGACGUAACGGGGUGAAAUCGCCUCAGACACAAGCUCUAGAAAAAUGGACCGAGUAUCCCGAGUUAGGUGUGAUUGGAGAUUUGCUUGCUUCCCGAGAUACUAACACCAAAGCUUCAAUAUUAGUUGUGCAACAACAACUAAUGACUAAGUCAUGAUGAACAGCUACAUACAUACACUGAUAUACACACACACAACAAUUAUCUUGUAUGUAUCAUUCUAGUUAUCUUUGGAGAUUAUAAUUUUGUAGCUCAAAUUUUUCAUCAAAAUUUCAUGUCUAUCACAUUCAUGUAGUAAAGAUGCUUCCCGAGUUCA